GCUCCGCUCAGGACGCGUCCGUCCGCCUGCUGUACCCAGAAUGCUCUGCGCCAGGCAAGAUGGAAGGACCCAGCUGCUGCGGGAGAACAAUGUUUUGGCUCUAGAUUUGAUAAAAGUGCUGAGGAAAACCAGGAGAGCUGGCUCUGCGGGUCAUGCUCCUGCACCGGAUGACACAGUUUUCCACCCCGUAGUUUUCAAGCUUGUCCUCCCUCACCAUGAGCAUCAUUCAAGACAAGCUCGGGAAUGAGUUCCUGCGCUCAAACGGGAGCAUGGACUCCAACUUUGGAGCGGGCAUGAUCAUGUUCAGUCACCUCCCUCCAGUGACCAGCUUCACCCGCCUGGCGGCCCAUACGGUCAUGCAGGACCUUCCACCUCAAGAGAUGGUCUUCAAGAAAGAGCGCGACUCUCCGGACUGCAGCGUUGUCACCCAGCGGGCCAACCUGGGGGUCGGAGACUAUGUGCACGCUUUGGGCAUCAAGCAGGAGAAGCAGUCCGAGCACGAUUACCGCCUGCCCCUGUACCCCGGAGGCCUGGGAAAGAGCACGGGGCUGCUGGGGGAGACCAUCAGCAGCAACCAGAACCUGCUGGUUCACGACCUGAACAUGGGGAGUUUACGAGACGACAUCAGAGAGAUGCUGCCGAGUCAGUUAGAAAAGGAGGCCACUGGGAGAAAAGGUCGGAGGUCAAACGGUGAUGGACAGGAGGGUAAACCGAGGAAGAGGCGAGGUGAUGCAAAGGAGAGAGAUGGGGGCAGCCUGUCUCCAGGGAGCAAGCCUCACAUCUGCGAACACUGCGCAGCCGCCUUCAGAAGCUCCUAUCACCUGCGCAGACACGUGCUCAUUCACACAGGUGAAAGACCUUUCAGAUGCAGUCAGUGCAACAUGAGUUUCAUCCAGAAGUACCUUCUUCAGCGGCACGAGAAAAUCCACAGCGGAGAGAAGCCAUUCAGCUGUGACCAGUGCAACAUGCGCUUCAUCCAGAAGUACCACAUGGAGAGGCACAAGAGGACGCACAGCGGAGAAAAGCCGUACCGAUGCGAGAGCUGCCAGCAGUAUUUUUCCAGGACAGAUCGACUUCUUAAGCACAAACGAACCUGUGGGGAUGGCGUGAGGAAGGGGCUGGAACCCGGGAUGAUGGAUCUGGAUUGUAUGAAUGUGGGGCAGGGCAGCUAUGGGAUCACUCAGGGAAAUGCUGGCAGGAAGAAGGGAAGGUCCAGGAAUUCUGGAGAGGGAGAGGAGCGCAAGAAGAAGAAGGGAGAUGGAAGGGAGUUGCAGAUGCACGGGAGUGUGUCUGGCGGCUAUGGCGUCCAUGAGUACUCAGGCGAGGAUCAGGCGGUGUCCUCCUCCACAGAGCCGGGGCCGAGCUCACAGCAGGGCCGAGCUCCAAAGAAGGCCAGCCGAAAAGGGCCGGGUAAAGCGGCCACUCAGCAGGCCAAAGCCGGGUCUCUAGAGCAGGAUGGGGUUAUGGGGGACCUCGGCCUCCUGCAGGGAAAUGAAGCGAAGGUGGAGUCCACCAGCAGCAACUACGACGACGCCAUGCAGUUUCUGAAGAAGAGGCGCUACCUUCAGGCAGCAAACGCAGCAGGGCACCAGAGCAGCGAGUAUGACAUUCACUUGUCUUCCCAGCCGUCUGUCACCCAGGGGGGGCUUUCCAACGUGCUGGAGAGCGACGCUCCUUUGAGCCUGGAUAAGUCGGGGAUCCCCGACGAGGUCCUUCAAAGCCUCCUGGACCACUACAGCCAGAAACCCGGGGGCGGGCACGCCGACAUGCACUUCGACCUCAGCGACCAGCACGUGGAGCUGGCCCCCACCGCAGCCAGCAGCCCCGACAUCAGCACGUCGGACAAGUCUGUGAUGAUGAACGAAUACUCGCGCUUCCUGCUGCAGGCGCUGGAGCGUACCAGCCACAGCUUUUCCAUGGGCCCCGGGCCUCCUCCGUCUGGCCCCUUCACCAGCUCCCAUCCCGGAAACCCCUUGUUUGCAGACAAGAGCAUCUACACGCUGUCCCCGCUGGAGUGUGGGUUUGGCCCGGCCGUGGCCUCUCCUUCGUUGCCCUCUUCUGUGCCAAAGUCUCACUUUGCCAUGCUGACGGGCUCCUCGCCGCAGCACUGCUUCCACCUCAGCCUGGAGGCCCCCACGCACCAGCAGCUCACCCCUUCUCAGGAGCUCACCGAACAGAUGGAGAAGCAUCAGGCCUCCACCCCCCCAUCAUCCUACCAAAUCAGCCCGUCUGAGCUGAGCGGCCGGAAGGACCAGCCGCCGCUCAAAAGCGGCUCUCCGGCCGUUUACACACUGGUCUCCUCCCAGGAUCUGACCUCUCUGGACUCCUCCAAGACUUCCUACCAGAUCGAGAACUUUGCUCAGGCCUUCGGCUCCCAGUUCAAGUCCAACGGCCACAGUUUGUCCUUCGGCACUGACUCCAGCGGCGACGUGGAUCACAGGAUACGGACGCCUGUGUCUGAAUUCUCAGGGUAUAGUAGUUUGUUGUCUGAUGUCAAUGAGCCAGUGAGUACAGGUUCCUCAACACCAACAAGCCAAAGCUACAGAUGAGCGUUUCACAGGGAGACGAUGCUCUGGUGUUUAAACCUCUUUUGUUAUUUUUUAGGUGUUUUAUUUUUGUUUUCAUUGUACCGAUGCUGAGUUCGUCUGCCCACUCCUCUCCCUGCAGGGCCUCCUGCUGAUGCAAUAGUUUCAAAAGACAUUUUUAAGUGUUUUACUUAAGACUUUCUCUGGUCAUUUAUUCAAAAGUACCUUUGAGCGGUUCAACUUUGCAAAUGUUAGAUAUCAGGAGGGAAACAUGUCAGGGAAUGGCCCAGAACUGAAACGGCAAAAAAAAAAAAAA